ACUCAACUAAAUUACAAAAUCAAAAAAAAAUAAAUCCCAUUUUUCUUUCUUCCCAAUUUCCAUUCUUUUCUUUUCUUCCCUCAUCAUACAUUUUUUCACUUCAAAAUCCUCAAAAUCUUUUCAUCACUAAAUUCUCUAUCAAAAUCUAUCUUCUUUCAAUUGCUUCAUCAUUAGAUUGCUUCAAUUUCACAAAUUCUCAUCAAUGCGCACCGUUUUGUUCCAUUUCAGAAAACCUAGUUUCUAGGGUUAAGAGCUAGUGUUGGGGUUCGUGUUUGUGCUGUUUUCGUUCAACAAGUUUCAAUCUUUCUUCAAAACCCAUCAAAUUGUUCCGAUUACGAACCGAUUUGGCAUGGUGGGUGACGACGAUGCUCGAGCUCCGUGCCAUCUUUCAUCUAACCGGAAAAUGUUUUGGCGCUCGGCGUCGUGGUCUUCUGCUCGUUCCUCCGCCGCAAACGCUUCUGGUGAACCGGAGUCCAAUUUCGCUGAUCCCAAUUCAGGUGAAGGGAAUAAUACUAACCGGAGAUUUCCUCCGCCUCCAUUAACGCCGAGGAGCCAACAGAAUUGUAAGGCCAGGUCGUCGUGUUUGCCGCCGCUUCAGCCGCUUUCGAUUGCUCGGAGGAGUUUGGAUGAGUGGCCGAAGGCAGGUUCGGAUGAUAUCGGGGAGUGGCCGCAACCGCCGAUUACUCCUGGUGGGAGAGGUAAUGGUAAUGGUUAUGGUAAUAGUAGUAGUAUUAAUAAUAACAAUGGUGAAAGGUUGAAACUUGAUUUGUCUUCUAUUCAGCAGAAUAAUAAUCAUGAUAGUAGGAAUAAUGGUGGACUUGUGAAGAGAGAUAAGAUUGCAUUUUUUGAUAAGGAAUGUUCUAAAGUUGCUGAACAUGUUUAUCUUGGUGGUGAUGCUGUUGCUAAGGAUAGGGGUAUUUUGAAAAGGAAUGGGAUUACUCAUGUUUUGAAUUGUGUAGGUUUUGUGUGUCCUGAGUAUUUCAAAGCUGAUUUUGUGUAUAGAACUUUGUGGUUACAAGAUAGUCCUAGUGAGGAUAUAACUAGUAUUUUGUAUGAUGUGUUUGAUUACUUUGAGGAUGUUAGAGAAAAGAAUGGGAGGGUGUUUGUUCAUUGUUGUCAAGGAGUGUCAAGGUCAACUUCUCUUGUCAUUGCUUACCUUAUGUGGAGGGAAGGGCAGAGUUUCGAUGAUGCUUUUCAGUUUGUGAAGGCGGCGAGAGGUAUUGCCGAUCCGAAUAUGGGUUUCGCUUGCCAAUUGUUGCAGUGUCAGAAAAGGGUUCAUGCAUUUCCUCUUAGUCCUAGUUCUUUGUUGAGAAUGUAUAGGAUUGCUCCUCACUCACCGUAUGAUCCUUUGCAUCUUGUUCCGAAGAUGUUGACCGAUCCGUCUUCGUCUGCCCUUGACUCUAGGGGUGCAUUUAUAGUGCACAUUCCGUCUGCAAUAUAUGUUUGGAUUGGAAAGAAUUGUGAGGCUAUCAUGGAAAGGGACGCCAGAGGGGCUGCGGGUCAGAUUGUCCGGUAUGAGAGAGUACAAGGAUCUAUUAUCAUGAUUAGGGAAGGUGAGGAACCACCUUCUUUUUGGGAUGCGUUUUCGAAGUUUUUGCCUUUGAUGGACUUAUCUGGAAGUGUAGUAGAGAGUAGCAAAACAAGUGUUAAAAUUUUUCCUGGCGAGAGAAAAGUGGAUGCAUACAAUGUCGAUUUUGAAGUUUUUGGAAAAGCCAUCAUGGGGGGUUUUGUGCCUCCAUUUGCGUCAUCAGAGAAUGAACAUGAAACCCAUCUUCCCGCAAGAGAGAGUAGCUGGAGUGUUUUAAGGCGGAAAGAUUCCUCCGUAAAUGUGAAGGAGUUUGUCUCAGCCCCUAAGUUAUCCUUACCCCGGGUUUAUUCAGAUUCCAUGUUGUGUAUUCAUGCGUCUGCAAUUUCAUUUCCAUCCCCGUCGGCGUCGUCAACAACAUCAUCUUUAUCAUCAUCCUCUUCACCGCCUUUUGUCUCUCCAGAUUCCAUUUCUUCUGAUUCUAGCAAUCACUCAAAGUUUUUGUUAGAAUUGUCACCAGAUUCUUCCUCUCUAGUUGUUGCUCCUGUUCCUCCAGUAUCUUCAUCUUUGUCUAACUUCUCUAAUUUGUCCCUCUCGUCAAAUUCUACCUCUCUACCAGUGUCUAAGUAUACAGAUAUCUAUGAUGUCAAAUUACCAAGUCCAUCUUCUCAGUCUGCCUCUUCACCGUUGAAAAAAUCAUCGACUUCCAUUGCUGAACGCAGAGGUAGUUUAUCAAAGUCUUUGAAAUUGCCUCUAAUGAACGAUAAGACUCAAGUAACAGAUAAACCAUCAACUAUUUGUGCUGGCCGGGAACACGGUGUUCUCGGCAACAACAACUUUAGCUGUGUACAAGAUUCAGACAAUAUAGACUAUUUGUUUGAGUCCAGCAAUCAUCAUCAUGUCAAAGACAGAGGUAUGGAUUCAACUCAACAAAGCGAACUGUUGUCAUGUCCUGACAUUAUCGAAAGUGAGGGCUGCAAGGAAUCAUCACUUCUCAGGAACUGUGUUGAGCCUUGCGUAGAUAGUUUGUCACGAGAAAAUUUGAAGUCUACCGCGCCAAAGGGAACUAAUGAGAGUGGCUCGUUGCAAUGUACUAAGACACAAACUUUAGUAUAUCGCUGGCCUAGUUUAGAAAAGAUCGAAACAUUUGGUUCAAAUCAUUUGGUUUCUGAGGCUGCUUUUGUCAUAUUCUCUCCAAGUAUACUUAUGCAGGCAGGAAAUGUUUUAUAUCUAUGGGUAGGGAGUUCUUUCAAACUGGACGCAUCUUCACAGGAUUGGUUCGAUAGUGAUAGACAGUCUGAUUUUCUUGGAGCAGUUGACUGGAACCGAAUUGGCUGUGAUCUUCUUGUUCAGUUUAAUUUGCCGAAAAAUACAGUUACUAAGAUUGUUAAAGAGAAUGAAGAACCCCAAGAGUUCCUUGCUUUGCUGAGUUCAUUGUAGCACAAGGGGUACUAGAAGAAACCCGAGUUCAAGUAAAUUUCGUAAUCUUUCCUUCAUCUGCAGCUGUCUCUAUGUAUGUCAAUUUUGAAGACUCUAAUCUGAUUUGCUCGGGAAAAGAAAUCCAGAGGAGGGUUGCCAUUUAAUGAGUCCAUUGUAGCUUUGGCUGAUUCUACAAUGCUUAACAUCUUCAACCUAGAUAUUUAUUUUCUCAACAUAGUGACAUACUGAUUUUUUAAAAUAUUCUCAUGUUAUUUAAGGAGGAAAGAAAUCUCAAAUCCUUCAUUGAAUGUAUCACUCAUUGAGAAAUUAUCCGAACAGCUCGAUGUUGUAUAAGUUCUUUAUUAAACAAAAUAUAGUUUUAGUUGCUCAUUGUAAAUUACUGAAGCAUGAUUUGUAUGAUAGACAUCUGUGACAAUUAUUACUUUAGAAGUCCUCUGAGAUGUUGUUUAUGGGGGUA